AUGGCGGACUCCGCCUGGGCCGAUCUCCCAAAAGAGAUUCUCAAUCUCAUCUCCAAACAGAUCGAAAAUGAACUCGAUCUCGUUCACUUUCGAUCCGUCUGUUCAUCAUGGCGUUCUUCUUCCAUCCCAAUCCCUCCCAACAUUCUCUUCAAAUUCCCACUCAUCAGUUACUCCGAUCGACCGGAGCUUCUCUCCGAUAUCAUCAACGGCGAAAACAACACUCCGUUUUGCUAUCUCUCCCAACGCUGUUUCUUGCUCAUCAAGCCACCGCAACAACCACAACCACAACAAACCAUGCAAACCAUGCAACGUCCUUGGUUGAUUCAAAUCACCAAAAACACUCGCGGAAAAAUCAAACUCUUCCCUCCGUUCAUUACCUAUCACUCGAGUUCUCCGUUUGUUUGUGAUCUCCGCGUGCUUGAUUUCAACGAAUUUCCGGUAGUUCAGUUAGGAUCAGAUUUCAUUGUUAACAAUCAGCGUAGUAAUUUUAUUGCACCGGAAAAAGUGGUUGCUGUUCGGCGUCACGGAGAGAAACCUGUUGUGCUUGGUAUAGUGAGAAAUGCUUUCUUCCGGAAGGUGAUUUUUCGUUACCACGACGAGCAAUGGAAGGUGAUUGAGAAUAUAGCUAAGCAUGGAGAUAUAUGUGUUUUUAAAGAGAACUUUUACGCGGUGGAUGGAUCCGGUCGGACGGUUACAGUUGAACACGAUGAUGACGGAUCCGGUGUGGAGUUAGUUGAUAGUCCUUUGAUUGUUGGUGAUAGGAAAUUGCUCGUGGAGAGUGACGGCGAGUUGUUGUUGGUUAAUAUUUAUGAUUAUCUUUGGUUUAGUGUUGCUGUGUUUAGGCUUGAUGAGAAGGGUAAGAAAUGGGUGAAGUUGAAGAGUAUAGGUGAUAGGGUUUUGUUUUUGGGGAAUGAAUAUUUGUUUUGUGCGUCUGCUUCGGAUUUGCGUGUUGGGAAAGGGAAUUGUGUUGUGUUUAUGGAUGAUAGGUUUCUGUCUUUUCAGAAUAGGCAGCAUGGGAAAUGUGUUUAUCAUUUGGAUCGAUACGAGUUUUUGGCCGAUUAUGAAGAGUAUUUCAACUUGUUCUCUCCACCGGAGUGGAUUGUCAAAAGCUGA